AUGAAUCGUCUGUCAAUUAUUCAUGCGUUUGAGACUGAGUCCACGUUUUUAGUCAAUGUCCCCGCAUCCAUUCUGCGCCAGCCAACAACACGGUCGCAGCCGCCACAAUCACGGGGCAGCGGCAGCGAUGCCGACCACGAGGCGUUUAUGUACGCACUUGCGUCGCCUACGACUUCCCCGCAACGCCCACCCUGCGAGGGCGACGAGGGAAAUGACAUGAGUGUCAUGCGCGUGAUGCCCAUCAACGGCUCUGAGACGUUCCACGCGAAAUUCCUCAUGCAGUGUGAGGCGUACUGCCGACUCUGCCGUCGGCUACGGCGCGCCGCGGAGUGGCUUCUGGUGAAGCAGCCACGUCAGCGGAAGCGCACUGCUGUUGCUGCCGACGGCGCCGCCUCUGACGUGGAUUGCCUCUCCCAAAUUGUCUACCCACUGGAGCCAACAGCGUUCGUCACAGCUGCAUUUUCGCUGCCGUCGCUGGUCUCGGUGGCCUCGGCGCUGCCGGAUGAGGAGACACCAACUAAACCAGGAGGCGGAGCAAAUGCAGCACGGAACCACGCCACGUCGUCGUCAGCGUCAGAAGUGCGCGUUGUGCCGUACUGUUUUUUUUACGGAUUCCCUCAACAAAAUGUAUUGCGUAAUGGUAAUGAUGGCGGUGUUGUUAGAACUGAGGGCAGUGCUGGAGCUGCGUAUGCAAAGACAGCAGGAGCGCCGCUGAUGGAGCGGUUUGCUGCUGUCGCCACUGCAGUUGGUGUCUGUGGGGCCGCUGCACCCGCUCACAACGCACAGCGUGUUGACGAUCGUACGAGGUGCGGUCUUACACUUGCGGCGUACCUCGAGGGCCGUCUGCCCCCUUCUGUCAGCAGCAGUGGUGGAGGCGCAACAGCAACAAUGACUGGAAGAGGAAAAGAAGGUAGUGGAGGGGACCCCUUUUCACGCUGGAGCGACGACAUUCUAUGGCGUCUUCUUGGCUCGUUGGUGUCGGCACUGACGGUGGCACACGCAGCUGGCUUUCAUUACCGCGGGGAACUGUCGGCAGAGGAUGUGAUUUGCUUCUCCCUCCCCAGUGAUGACAACAUCAGCGGCAACACUGCCUCUAUUAGUAAUCCAGCAGCGGGUGAGACAAACUGGCGGGGACAGUCACGGGCGGUGCCGAUUGGGCAGCAGCUCGCGGCGUGGACGGCUGCGGGUGAGCGACGCUGGGCCAUCACCGACACUACACCCGCGCAUCACGCCUUCUUCACACUCGCUACACUGCCGCGCUCGCUAUUCGAUGAGUUACCACGUGACCCCGCCAUUGGUGUCAACGUAAGGGCAACCGCGCAGCGCAAAGACACUGCGGCGGUUGGUCGCAUUCUUGUUGCUGUUGUCGAGGCAGCGAAGCGGCGGCGUGGGGCAUACGGAGAAAUGAGCUGUGCGGAGCUGCUGUUCGUUGCGGAGCGCAUUGCCGCCGUGGAUGGGGCCGGCUGUGCAGAAGCAGCAGCGGCAGCAGCAGCAGCAGUGCUUGAGACGCCGGCGCACCGCUUCGCUCAGCUACAGGCUAUACGACUGCGCAGUCAUCUUUGGCUGCUCCGGGUAAUAGUGCAGGAGCGCGAUGCACAACUCGCCAUGGCCAACUUCGACAAGAGCAGCUGCAAUAACACCGGGGCCAAGAACUGGAGUAACAGCUACACUGAGGCUGGGACGAACGACAGCGAGAGAGGCCGUCGCCUGCCAACACCUGCGUCCACGGGGCGUGAGGAAGCCCAGCUGGCGAAGCUACAGGAGCGGGAACGUAUACUCAGUGAGAGGGAGGAGAAACUGAACCGCUUCCUCGUGCUGUACGAGUUGACGGCCGAGCGGUUAGAUCGUUUACCAGUGGGAAAGGAAGGUUUUGACCGCCUUCGGCGGUCAUUGUUACAGACGCCCCGUUCUCAGGCAUCUGCAACAGCGAACGCAGGAGGAGGAGGAGGAUCGUCCACGCCCUCAGGGUCGUCGCCGGCUAGGAAGCCGUCUCAGAGAAACAAUCGGCGCUCAGUAGGUGCCGAUGCCGUGACGGCGGAUAGGACGCGCCCACUUUAUGGUCUCCUUCGUUUCUCAAAGGGCGAUUCGCCUUCUGUUGGUACUACUACUGCUGCUGCUGCUGCCACUGGGGCCUCUGCAGCUGCUAAUACUAUGGCUUCUAAUACUGCGAUGGGGUCGUCGAUGUCGCGCUCCUCUCCCGGGCUGCCAAGCAGAGGGAGGCGGACAAUGGAUGCGACACCGCACCAGGGCGGCCCAAGGGCUACAUCGGAGGGUGCGUCGCGGCGUGCCGUGGCCUCGUCCUACUCCUUAUCGAUGCUGCAUUCAAACUGGAGGGCAAUGGGCCAAUCGUUGGCCCGCGAGGGUGUGGGCUCCGCGGCGACAAACGCCAGAGUCAGCAGCACAUGCCGACAGAAAAGCACCUCGCCAGGAGCCUCGAGUCGCCUGCCGACCUGCCGUGUGGAUUCGCCGUCAGCCUUAGCCUCACUUACUGCUCCCACCGCAUCCUCCCUGGCGAAGGAACGCGCAAAUAUGCGAGUGCCGUCGGCGAAUGCCGGGUCCUCUGCUGCUGCUGCUGCUGCUGCGAAUGAGGUGCCACUACAGCGCCUAACUCCAACACGAGGCCGCAGGCGAACGCCUUUUGGAGGACAGACGACGUCCGCGCUGCUAUCGCCGGACGUCUCACCGCUUAUGCGCGUUGUGGACGACACCUCGUCUUUAAUGUUAUCAACCAGCUACAAAACACCGCCGCGACCGACGCUAAUGGUAACGCCGCCGCAGUCGAGCAACAGCCCAGGAGUAAACGCGUGGAGCAAAGUGGCGGCAUUGCGGUCGGCCGCAUCACGCGGCGAUUCGCCAGCCCAGCUCCAUGCCUCAAUCUCCCCACGCCAUUCGAAGAACAUGAACACCGCCUACAGCCCCGGCCCAGUGGCAAGUCAGUCGCCCUGCAACAUGACAAGGGGUAAGUCGCCGCGUUACACCCCUUCACUUUACGUCAAAGGCACCAGGGAGGCAACACCGACGCUUGAAGCAAACACAUCAGCAACAACAAAAACAGCAACCCUGAUGACUCCACCAAAGACAAUACCAGUGACAGGGACAGUAGGAACACCACCAAUGCAAUCACUGACGUCCAAGGGGACAGGAACACUUCCUCAGCAUGUACGUAGUGGCCCAACAAGGGAGGAACAUAACGGCGGCAAUGUGCAAGUGAUACGGAUGCAUGAUGAUAGCUAUGACUCAUUGCCACUGGAUAAUUCACGCGAUACCCCACUUGGUCGAAGUCAGGGCGGAAACACUACGCGAUCAGGCACUACAAGCAACCGUUCGCCUGGUGCAGCACGCCCCGUUUUUGGAGACACCUACGCGCCCACUGCAUUAUCCCUCGAUCUUUCCAGCAACACCCACGACAACAGACAGACGAGUGAAUCCCGGCAACGCUCACAGGGGCGCCAGCAGAGACGACAGGAGCUCGAAGGUGGCACGACGCCACGCACAUCGCGCCUUCGCCUCGCCGACGAUGGCUGGGUGGACCACCACCUGGCCGCACUGGAGCAGCUACGCUACGAUUUCAAGAAGUCAGAGGCGUCCAAGAGCGCGCGUAACACGCCCAACAGCAAGUCAAACACAAAAAAUAGCAGAGGGAAUUAUGCAGACGUGGCGGAACCGCCAACGUUGUCACCGGAACGCAGAAGUGCCGGUAAGGUGUCUGCGUGGGACGGCAGGAAUACGGGGCCCGAUGCUGCUGCUACUACCGCUGCCGCUACACGUGCCGCCAUCAACAGUACAGGCACCAUGUAUUGA